AUGUAAUAAUAAUAAUCUCAAGAUAUAUCACCAUGGAAUCAAAAUAAUUAAGAUAUUUUAACUGUUACUGAAUAAUAAGUUGAUGAAUUCAAAACCUCCUAUGAGAACUUUUAAUAAUAGUAGAAUUAAUAUCAAAAAUAGAAAAGUAUAAAACUUAAUACUACUAAUUGUAGAGGAGAAACUAGAUUAAUACGUAAAUUGAUUUCUAAAAAUAAUUGGAAGGAAGUUUUUAUUGAUGGUGAUGUUUGUUGGCUUGGAUUACCAUUUUAAUAUUAAAAUCUUGAAGAAUAUUUCACAUAAUAUGUAAAUAGAUUUCCAGGAAUGGAUUUAUUAGCUCAUAAGACUUAAUCAUCUUUUUACUUAAAUAAAUUUGCUCAAUAUUUCCCAGAACAAUAUGAGUUCUUUCCUAAAACCUACAUAAUACCUGAUGAAAUUGAUAAGUUUUAAUAAGAGUAUAAAAGCACUCUAACUUAUAUUGCAAAACCUGAUGCAGGAUCUUAAGGAGAUGGAAUUUAUCUUAUUAAGAAAUUAAAAGAUAUUAAGACUAACGAAAGUAUGGUUAUUUAAUAAUAUAUCUCAAAACCAUUGUUAAUAGAUAAAAAGAAAUUUGAUUUAAGAUUAUAUGUUCUAAUUACAUCUCUUCAUCCUUACUUAUGUUAUAUCAAUAGAGAAGGUCUUGCUAGAUUUUGCACUGUUGACUAUGAAAAGCCAAAUGAUAAAAAUCUGAGAAAUCCUUUUAUGCAUUUAACCAACUAUUCUCUAAAUAAAAGAAAUACAAAUUUCUAGUUUUAUAGUGGGAAAAAUAUUUUAGAUAUAAAUGACGGAACAAAACGAACAUAUUCAUCUAUUAAAAAAAAUUUGGAAAUUUUAGGAUACAAUAAUUAGGAUAUUGAAAAUUAAAUUGAUAAUUUAAUUGUUGCAUAUUUAUAGAGUCUUCUUCCUUUUCUUGAAUUCAAUUCAAAAUUAAUCUUUCAAAAAAGAGUUGCUGAAGUUAAAUGUUUUUAAGUCUUAGGAUUUGAUAUCUUGCUUGAUGAAAAUGGUAAACCAUGGCUUUUAGAAGUUAAUUCUAAUCCAAGUUUAUCAAUUGAACAUGAAAUUUUUUCAGCUAAUGGAAAAUCUGUUUUUGAAGAGUCUUAUAUUGAUAGUUAUGUUAAAGAGUUAGUUAUGGGAGAUGCAAUCAAAUUAGCUGUUAUUUCCAAAGAAAAUUAAGAAGAAUUAUUAGAAUUUGGAAGUUAUAGAAAAUUAGAAGUAGAUUAAAAUGAAACCAUAUUUUCAAAAAUGAUGUAAUUAUAUGCUUAUUUAUCUGGAUACAAAUUUUAAGAAUAUCUAACUUCUUCAAAAUUUUAAAAGUUAGCAAACUUUCCAUAAAUGACUUCUUAAUAAUUUCUGAAAAAUGAUUAUGAUUUGUUAUUCAGAAAAAUAAUUUUGAAAUCUUGUAACAAUAAUUAGAUGGAUUUCUUUCAAUUUAUAAAUGCAAUUGAAUAACUAGCUUUUAGAUUAAACUAAGACUUAGAAAUUAUGCUUGAUAGAAUAAUAUAAAAUUUUUGA